AUCACAUCAGUUUCUUUCACAACUCACCAUCAUGUUUGGCAAAAUUUCUCGUACCUAAAUCCAUUUUCACACAAAAAUGGCCUCGUACGUCCCAAAAACCUUGCCUGUGGGUAUCGAUCUUGGAACUACUUAUUCUGUUGUAGGAGUUUUCAAAAACGGCGUGGUUGAAAUUAUUGCAAAUGAUGAGGGAAAUCGUACGACCCCUAGUUAUGUGGCUUUUACUGAUACUGAACGGCUUAUCGGAGAUAGUGCCAGAGGCCAGGUUGCUAUGAACCCAUCGAAUACCGUUUACGGUGUGAAAAGACUCAUAGGAAGAAAAUUCGAUGAUCCCGUGGUAAAACAAGACAUAAAAAAUUGGCCGUUUGAAGUUGUUAACGACAAAGGUAAGCCCAAAAUUAAAGUGAACUAUAAGGGAGAAAAUAAAACAUUUUUCCCUGAAGAAAUUUCCGCAAUGGUUCUUACCAAAAUGAAAGAAACUGCUGAAGCAUAUCUAGGUGGUCACGUAUCAACGGCAGUAGUAACAGUUCCAGCAUACUUUAACGAUUCCCAAAGGCAGGCCACCAAAGACGCAGGUACCAUUUCUGGUUUGAUUGUUAAAAGAAUAAUCAAUGAACCCACAGCAGCCGCUAUUGCCUACGGUUUAGACAAAAAAGUUGAUAAAGAUCGAUACGUGCUGAUAUUUGAUUUUGGUGGUGGCACGUUGGAUGUAUCCAUUUUGCAGAUUGCUGGCGGUUUAUUUGAAGUACUAUCCACUGCUGGAGAUACACACUUAGGUGGAGAAGACAUCGAUCACAGAAUGGUUCAGUUCUUUAAUGAAGAGUACAGGAGAAAAUUCAAAGGAGACUUAACUGGAAAUAAACGAGCACUGAGAAGACUGGAAACUGCUUGCGAACGUGCUAAAAGAAGUCUUUCGAACUCGAACCAGGCUAGCAUCGAAAUCGAUUCUAUUGCAGACGGAAAUGAUUUUUAUACGAAUCUUACGAGAGCCAAAUUUGAAGAAAUUAAUAGUGAUAUUUUCGUUUCAACCCUGGCACCUGUAGAAAAAGCAGUUAGAGAUGCAAAACUCAGAAAGGAUCAGAUAGACGAAAUUGUUUUAGUUGGUGGAUCAACCAGAAUUCCAAAAAUCCAAUCCAUGCUCCAGUCUAUGUUUCAAGGCAAAGAGCUAAACAAAUCUAUAAAUCCAGAUGAAGCUGUUGCUUAUGGAGCCGCAGUACAAGCUGCCAUCUUAGAAGGAGAUACACAUGCAGUAGUGCAAGAUGUUCUUCUGCUCGAUGUCGCUCCUUUAUCAUUGGGUAUAGAAACAGCUGGAGGUGUGAUGACAAUUAUUAUUAAAAGAAAUACUACCAUCCCAAUUAAGCGAACUCAAACAUUUUCAACGUUUGCAGAUAAUCAACCUGGUGUACUCAUCCAAGUUUAUGAAGGUGAAAGAAGCAUGACAGGGGAUAAUAAUUUGCUGGGAAGAUUUGAUUUGACUGGCAUCCCACCAGCCCCUAGAGGCAUUCCACAAAUUGAAGUUACUUUUGAUCUCGAUGCCAAUGGGAUUCUAACAGUUACCGCCAAAGACCAAGGAACCGGAAAAGCAACUAAUAUUACCAUCACCAGCGACAAAAACCGCUUAUCGAAAGCCGAAAUCGAAAAAAUCAUAGACGAAGCUGAAAAAUUCAAAGAGCAUGACCAAGAAAUUCGUGCCGCCAUUGCUGCACGGAACGAAUUAGAAUCGUACAUAUAUCAAAUAAAAAACUUAUUGAAAGAUUCAGCAUCUGGCAGCAAAAUAACAGCUGAGGAAAGAAGAGUUGCCAGAACUUUGUGCGAUGACGCAGAAAAUUGGCUCAAAAACACUGAUAGAGCUUCAGAAAGGGAGUAUGCGACUAGAAAAGAACGAAUUGAAGAACACUGCAGGCCUUUUGUUUUACGAUUUUAUUCUCCUGAUAGUGGACCUAGUCAACCAAACUUUAAUACAUACAAUGACAAUGAUGGAGGGCCAGUUAUUGAUGAAGUUGAUUAAAAAUAAGAAGAUAUUAACGCAUCUUUGGUCAAAAACAUGUAACGUAUUGAGGUCGAAAUAAAUUCUUUACACAGUAA